AUGAGUGCUACGGCGCAAAAGGAGCCCUCAUUUGCCGCGCCGGAAGCUGUGCCAUCUCCAUACACCUCCCUCAGCCAUGCGCUUCUCUUCCAAAACCAAGACGAGCAUGAUUGGUGGCACCGUGCCGGGCCGGUUCUGGGCCAGAUGCUACUGAACGCUGACUACGACGUGCACAAACAAUACCAGUACCUCGCGUUCUUCGCACAUCACGUAGUUCCUGCUCUGGGCCCAGCCCCAGAUAACCCCCGACCCAACCUCUACCGCGGCGUCUUCAACCUCGAGUUCAGCCAGAAUUUCCAGCAGGCAGGAUGCAUCAUCCGCCUCGCCUUCCUCCCAGUCAGCUACCUUGCCGGUGUCCCCGGGCGUGACUCGUUCAACCGACUGCUGGCACCAGAGGUCCUCGCUCGCUUCGCCCAGCUAGACGGCAUUGAGCUAGACCUCCAGGUCUACCAGCAGCUUGUCAGCGAGCUCGCGCUCACCCGACAGGAAGAAGACCGUCUUGCUAGCGAAGGUCCCCUACCACCGAUCUUCAAAACCCAGAAUGGCAUCGCGCUGGACCUACGCAAAGAUGGCAAGAUGACCGUCAAGCUGUACACGUUCCUGCUGGGCAAGUCGCUGGCGACCGCCACCCCAGUCUCGACACUGGCCUUCAAUGCAAUCCGCAGGUUGGACCAGGGUGCUAAGCGCUUUGAGGCGGGUCUGCAGCCGAUCCAAGCCUUCCUGGAUAGCAAACAGGGGACCCUUGACGAGAUGUUGCCUGCCUUUCCCACGGCAUUCCACCCGCGCGGCAUGAUCCAGAUCGGCUGCGACCUGGUGGACAUUUCGCGCACGCGCUUCAAGAUAUACCUGCACGACUACAUUGUGGAUUCGAACCGCCUAGCUGAGCUGUGGACGCUGGAUGGACGCUUGAAGGAAGCCCACUGCCCUGGCCUCGACAAGGGGCUAGAGAUCCUCCGCGAGCUCUGGUCGAUCCUCCAGGUUCGCGAGGGAUAUCAUCUCCCCUUCGCGUGCGAACCCUCGAAGCCUCAAUUCUACUAUGACCAGCAGUUUCUCAUCGUCAACUACGAGAUUCACCCCGGCGACCCGUGGCCUCGCCCCAAGGCGUAUUUCCCGCUGUUUGGAAUGUCGGAGAACGCGGUUGUUGACGCCGUGGUUGCUUUCUUUGAAGGGCUUGGCUGGACGCAGCAUGCUGGGAUGUAUCGGGAGCAUGUGAUUUCGUGCUUCCCGAAGUGCGACCUUGAGAACACAACCGAUGUUCAGUUCUGGCUUUCGUUUUCGUAUUCUCCAAAGACUGGGCCGUAUACUACCGUGUAUUACCGGCGGAUUUAA